GUGCAAAACUGCCCAUACUAUCGCAGAAUUAUCAUGCCACCGUUUCAGUCAGUAUAGUAGACCAAAACUACUCAAUGAUGAUCGACGAGCACGUAGACUAUGACGGUCGCAGAGCUGCAUUAACAGUUCACAAGGAAGGCAACAUUGAGAAUCUGAUCUUCUCUUAUGACACCAAUGAAGUAUUUUACAUAACCA